AUGCGCCGACGACAGCUCCUCGAGGCCGAGAGCUACGAAGACAAAUGGGUGACCCGGUGGAGGCCCAGGCGAGGCGCCAAAUACCACCCAUAUCUCAAGCUCAUCGCUCAGAUCGUCUUUGGAAUGCACUUGCUGGAGAAGGAGCAGGCGAAAUCCAACGCCGAGGUGGUCAAGAUCCUCCAGCACCACGUCGACGAUGUCGAUGCAUUCCUGGAGCGGACAUGGGAGGACUUUGACAUUGCGAACAAGGACAUUGAAGAGCGCAUUCGCUUUCUCCGCAUGCCCAUGAACCACACCGAUGUCUUUGAGGUGAUGCUGGACGAGAAGAAAUUUCGAACAGAACUGCUCCGAGGCAAUGAGAAGCUCGAGAAGAUCGUCGACCGCACAACCAAAGCCAUGAACUCCGCACUCUCCGACAUUCAGGCUGGCAUCAAAUCCACGGAAGAGCUGAGCGUAUAUCUCUCCGGCGUGAAGCGCAGGUGGCCGAUGCACAAUGUCGAAAUCGCCGAUGUACUGGCAGCAAUGAAAGACAACGAGCAAGGCUGGAUGGCAUAUCUGCAAGAUCUCCAGCGAAAAGGCGCCGCACUGGGAAAGAAUUUGACGGUCCUCAACGCAAUCGUGGUGGAGAUAGCGAAGAGAGCCGCUGCCGCCAGCCGGCGUAACAAACCACAAAGGACCAUUUCACCAACAAAAGCCUCACCUGGCGUUCGUUCAAAGUUCGUCAGGGACUCUCCCAAGAAAGGCGCCUGGACGAACAAACCGCUCCCUCAGGAACCUAAGCCGAGGCUCACCAUCUCGAAGCCAAUACUACCAGUGUCAAUUGUUGGCGAGAGCAAACGGAUAAAGCAAGACAAGGGCAGUCCACCGCGCCCAAAUAUUGCUGGGCACGCCCGUGGAAGUAAUAGCGUUCCCAGACCGACUCAAACUGAGGACAUGAGAGAAUUAGCAGCUUUCCUGCGGCAGUCAGGGCCUCUUCGCAGCCAUCCUCCGGAUCCCCCUUCGAAGGCAGCUCUGCCUGCUCGAAUUGCAAGUAUGUCUAAACUCCGACGUGAAACUGAGGCUAUGGUCAAGAGAAAGCCCAACYGGACCCAGAGUCAUGGAGGCGAACUCCUGAACUUCACGCCUCUCAUGAUGGCAAAUCCUCAAUACAGACGAUCUGUGAGUCAGGGAGCCAUCCCAGCAUUCGCAUCUUCGCCGGGAAAAACAAUCAGCAAAAGCAACAUCACAGCAUCACCCAAGGAGUGCCAGGCCGAGGCCGAGCCUCGGACUUCAAUAGGCAGCGGAUUCUCUCAACGUGUGUCCAAACGACUCAAGUCUCUGCCUCAACCACCCAUAUUCUCGCCGAAGCCAGACAUGUCUCCCCGGACUAUUGAUUCCGCUUUCUCCCACAUAGUCGAGAAGGACUUCGCAUCAGACGUCGUGAAACCCUCUCUCGAGCUGGAGAAACCGUCCAGUCCCGUCACUCCCAUCGAGAAGCCUGCUGGCUCCCGUCUAGCGCUUUUCCCCAAGAAUACGGGUCCAAUGACCCCGUCGCAGGCAAGCUCGAGGAGCAACGCGCAAAGCCCAAGUCCUGUGAGUAAUGAAGCCUUCACGAAGGGUUCCGGAGGUACUCCUCAACAGCCUACGCACCACGCCUCAAAAUCGUCCGUGUCGAUGAGUCUGAAAAACUUCUUCCACCGCAAAAUGCCGAGCCAGAGUGUGUUUUGA